CUGAUGCCUGGAAUGCAGUGCAUCACAAGGAAUAACAAUACAAAGCCUAAACUACAAGAGCUUGCAUAUCGGAAAGGUGACCUAGUUACUAUAAUAAGGACAUGCCAGGAUAGAGCUUGGUACCGUGCCCAUCACCAUUCCAGUGGCUUGGAGGGUCUGGUGUGUGCCAGUGCUUUACGUGAGCGCCCGCCCAUCAAAAUUGAUCCACGGCUUAGCUUAAUGCCUUGGUUCCAUGGACCUAUUUCUGGGCAGCAGGCUAUCCAACAGCUUCAGACAAAAGAAGAAGGAUUAUUCUUGGUGCGAGAGUCAUCCCGCUACCCUGGAGACUAUGUACUAUGUGUGUCUCAUCAAGGUGAAGACACACAGUACCGUAUCUGUUACCAGGAUGGCAAACUAAGCAUUGAUCUCAUACAGAAAUUCAGCAACCUCAUGGACAUGAUUGAGUACUACACACUUCACCAGGGAGUUCUUUGUACAAAGCUAAAAAAGCCCAAACCCAAACAUGGGACAAAAUCAGCAGAGGAGGAACUUGAAAAAGCUGGGUGGUUGCUGCGUUUUGAACGCCUGACUCUUGGAAAGAAGAUUGGAGAGGGAGAGUUUGGAGAUGUUCUAGAAGGGCAGUAUAUGGGGCGACCUGUGGCCAUUAAGAACAUCAAGUGUGAUGUCACAGCAAACAACUUCUUAGCAGAAACCACCAUAAUGACAAAGCUCCAACACAAGAAUCUAGUAAAUUUGCUCGGAGUUGUCCUCCACAAUGGCCUCUAUCUUGUAAUGGAACUAUUAAGUAAGGGAAACCUAGUAAACUAUCUGCGGACAAGAGGUCGGAGUAUGGUGACUCCCCAGCAACUUCUCCAUUUCUGUUUGGAUGUUGCUCAAGGUAUGCAUUAUCUGGAAGAAAAGCGACUUGUCCAUCGGGAUUUAGCUGCACGGAACAUUCUUGUGUCUGAGAAUGGAGAGGCAAAAAUCAGUGACUUUGGUCUCUCCAAGUCGAAGUUCCUGGCAGAGGACCAAAGCAGACUUCCUAUCAAGUGGACUGCACCAGAGGCACUGUGCCAUAAUAAAUUCUCAUCUCGGUCAGAUGUGUGGAGUUUUGGGAUACUAUUGUGGGAAAUUUUUUCUUAUGGACGGGCACCAUAUCCCAAAAUGUCUGUAAAAGAGGUGGUUGAUGGGGUGCAGAAUGGUUAUCGCAUGGAAAGCCCUGAAAAUUGUCCUCAUGGUAUAUACACAUUAAUGAGAAGCUGUUGGGAGGAUGAUCCAGGAAAACGUCCUACAUUUAAAAAACUGAAAGAAAAAUUGGAGAAGAUAAUACUGUAACUGCAGAGUAAACAUCUUUCUAGUUGUCAUUGUAAUA